AUGAUUAAUUUAUAUGUUUUCAGACAUGGUUAGUCCAUUUAUUAAUGUCUUAGAGUUAUUUCUGGUUUACAUGAAUUUGGAUUGAGUGCUCUGGGAAAAUAUCAAACAUAUAAUCUAGCAUCAAGAACAGAUGUUGAUUUUGAAAUUGCAUAUAUAUCUGAUACUAAAAGAACGAUUGAAACAUUUGAAAUGUUAAAAUUAGCAGGUAAAAUGCCACCAGAGGAAAAUUGUAUAUUUACUCCACUUAUCAGAGAAAAAUGUUAAGGUGAUUUUGUUAUGCAAGAGUUCAAAGCAUUCCCUGUAAUAAUUUUUAUCUAAUAUUUAGGAUGAUCCAAAUAAAAGAAAUUUUACUCCAUAAAAUGGAGAAAGUUGGGAAGAUAUUUAAGUCAGAGUUUCUAAAACAUUUGAUUUUCUUGUUAGACGUUAUCUACUCUAACAAAAAAAAGCAAAACAUAAUGAUGAUGAAUAUGUCAAAGCAUUAUUUCAAUAAUCAUAACAUAUUAAAUCAAAAAAAAAUAAUAUCAUCUUAGUAACUCAUUAUGGUUUUAUCAAAGAAAUUGUACAUUAUCUUAAAAAGGCUGAUUAAUUAUAAUUAGAAUAACCUUAUUUUGCAUAAAAUGCUACGCUUUUCACUUUACAAUUACAUCUUAAAGAAAACUAAAAUUGGUAAGCCAAAAUUAUCAGUCUCAAUAGCUACACUAGAUAAUACAGACCUUUUAUGGAUUGA